CAACCUCCGCUAGCUACACCUCUACCGGGAGCCGGAAGAUCCAGCUGCAGACUCUGCCCAGGCCGGCCAAGGUCUUGGGGGACCCAGCACCACACAGGAACUCCACUGAGGCCUGGCAUUUUUUUCCUGCGGCCCAGUACUGGGCCGUGGCCCAUAGUUUGGGAAACGCUGCUUUAAUCUAAACCAUUGGCAUUCAGUAUGUGUGUUUCUGGGCGGGAUCACAUGAGCCAGUGCAGUUGAUUAGACUAUACACUUCUCUGCCAAUGUUCAGAGAAUACCAGUGCUCCAGGAGACAGUUAAGGGGAAGAUAGUGUCAGUAUUUCAUACAAGCUCACUGCAUCUGUUCGCCAUGGGAGAGUUCCAACAGCAGCUGUUCACUCUUAUGGGGGGUCUAAUUUUUCUGUUUACUCUGGUGAAAUGUGUUAGAUUUUUGAAGUAUUUAUUCCCACAAGCAUGGAAUGCUUUGCCUCCGACUUUCUUUCGCUCAAUGGGAGAAUGGGCAGUGAUCACAGGAGCAGGAGAUGGAAUUGGAAAAGCAUAUUCCUUUGAGCUGGCAAAACGUGGACUAAAUAUUGUUAUGAUAAGCAGAACACUUGAAAAACUGCAGAAAGUAGCCACUGAAAUUGAACAAGCCACAGGUAGAAAUGUGAAGAUCAUACAAGCUGAUUUUACAAAAGAUUACAUAUAUGAGAAUAUUAAAAAAAGUCUUCAAGACUUAGAAAUUGGCAUUUUGGUUAACAAUGUUGGAAUGCUUCAUAAUCCUCUUCCAUGCCGUUUCCUUAAUGCAGCAGAGACAGAUGAGAACCUCAUCAACUGCAACAUUAUUUCUAUUACCAAGAUGACACAGAUAAUUUUGAAACAAAUGAAGACAAGACAAAAAGGACUUAUUCUGAAUAUUUCUUCUGGUUUUGGCGCCUUUCCUUAUCCAUUAUAUACUAUGUACUCGGCUUCAAAAGCUUUUGUAAACACAUUUUCCAAAGCACUUCAAGCAGAAUAUAAGGCAAAGGGGAUCAUCAUACAGGUGGUGGCUCCUUAUGCUGUUUCUACUCCAAUGACAAUGUACCAAAACCCCAGUCUCCUAGUAAAGACUGCAGAAGAGGUUGUUACAGCAUCACUGAAUUAUGCUACUGUUGGAGGACAGACAUCUGGUUGUUUAGCCCAUGAGAUCAUGGGAUACAUCCUGGAGCUCAUUCCGUUGUGGGUAUUCCACAGUGACAGACUUCAAGAGGUGAUCCUGACAACAUUUUCAUCUUCCCUGAAAAGGAAUUGGAAGAGCUGCUAACAAGAAUAACAAAUCAACUUUUUAGUCUAUGUCAAAUUGUGAAUACUGACUUUCUACACUAUACUCCUGGGUCGCGUCUAGACUGGCAUGAUUUUCCGCAAAUGCUUUUAACGGAAAAGUUUUUCCGUUAAAAGCAUUUGCAGAAAAGAGCGUCUAGAUUGGCACGGAUG